AUGAAAGGGUAUCUCUCGCGAUAUGAGAAAAUCAUGAACGUCGUCGACACUAACCCGAUCUUCCCGGUCACAAUGCAAGAGUACUCGGACAUCAUCAACGCUGUUAUUGAACUUGAAGCAAGUUAUUCUGCCAUUGCCAGGAAAGUGAUGGAUAAAAGCGCUUUGGUAUCUUCUGAGGAACAAAAAGUCUCAGAAGAGAACACAAAGACCUUGAGACGUUUUAAAAAGAAUUACAAUCAAAUCUUGUCUUCGACAUACGCCUCGAAUGGUCCAACGAAACUGCGCGAGCUACGAGAUUUUAAUUUAAAUUUGACUGCGAUCAAACAAGAGAAAGUGAAGGAUUGUUACUGCGGUGUGUUCCACUAUUUUGAAGUGCUUGUUCCACAGAUAGUUUCGAUCCUUUCAAAAAUUGACAAAAUAGCGGAGAAAACGGGGAGUAACAAACAACGACUUGAGAGCGCGGAGGAGUGGUACAACAACGAACGCGUCUAUUUAACAAUCGUUUUUCUGUUAAAUGAGAAGAUGAAAACAAUUGACAUGUUAACAAAGGUACCGACGCGUGAGGGGGGAUUAUUUGCGAGUACAUUAAAAUCAUUUGCGAUACUUUAG